AGCUCUGACUAGUAGGGAGUGCUAAGAGGUCGCUGUUAAGGUACAGGAGUGCUGGCACUCUGGGACGACUGCGCUCCGACACUGAAUGAAAGAGUGCAAUAGUGAGAAGACUGCAAAGUCAGACCAGGCAGAGACUUGACAAGAGUCAAAACCAUUCCGGCAGUUUCAGACCGCUUAAUGUUUCGUGGACAUCUCUUUUAAAAGAUGGACUUGAAGGCAUCUGGACUCCCUUUUGUUCUUUAAACAUCACCUUAAGCUGGGUGCCUUUCUAUUCUAGAUCACCUGUGCUGUUUUCGUUUUCAUUCCAGUUUUGUACGGCUCAAGGCAUGUCAAAGACGACGGUUGUAAGUCUAUCGAGGAUUGUGGCUGUGAUGAUUUAAGAGUAUUCGUCACUUUUCAGCUUAAUGUUCUGCCUUUGAGAAGCAGUGCUCCAGAGGUCUGGGAAUCCCACAUGCUUAUCUUGGAACCCUGUUCUUGGACAGUGCGUUAACAUCAUAAAUCAUUUUUGCAAAUAUAGGCACUAUCUAGUAUGGGAUGUGUUUUGUAACGAUAGUUCAUCUUUCUUAGUUUUGUUUAUCGUACAUUUUAAACUGAUUUUCCGUCCUGGGAGUGGUGUCUUUGUGUGCAUAUGGUCAAAAAUCUCUACCAUCUGAUUAUCUGAUCAUCUGAUUAUUUUAGGUUAAAUAUACUGUGAUAUUUACUGAGAGAGGACAUGCAGAUAUCACCAAGUGUUGUUUAAUUUUUUUUUUUAUCUUUCCAAUGAAAGUAAAAAGUUCCGGGUACAAGAGAUUUUAAGAUAAAUGUAAUAACAUUUUUAAAACAUAGAUGUCCUGAAAUGUAGAUAAGGAACAACAAGAUCUUGAGAGACGUAUACUUUGCUGGGUAGGGGGUAAUAGUCAAUCCCAGCGGGGAGUGUGGUGAGUCAUUCUGUCAGAUUGCGCCUCUGUGAGAUCCGUAAUUUUGUAAAUGGGCUUUCCUGGAAGGAGGCAGCAAGUGUGGUAAGUUUUGCAGGACUGAGCUGCACAUUUUCUGCUCACUGGGGGGAAGAUGACUGUGAGGCUGCUUUGAACUUUUUGGGGGGUUGUAGAGGGGGUAGUAGGCAGGAAAAAGCAGUGUGUCCUACCCCUUGUCCAGUCUGAAAAGUAUGAGCACGCGGAGGAUUUCAGAGGGAUCUUGUUUCCUUUAACUUUGUUAUGCGGCCCCACGCUGUACUCCAGAGACGCCCUCUGGAGAGCGCUGUGUGAGUCAAAUCGGUGAGGCAUCGUGCCAGUGAGACAGUGACUCAGUGACCAGCAAGGGAUUCCGUGGCCGGUGAUUAGCGAGCGAGCCGCUGGUCCGUGACCGGGCCCCGCUCCUCCAGACUUUGCGUGCAGUCCCGCAGUUUGCCGCCAGCAGAGGUCACGGUCAGCACCUCGUGGCUGGUAAUAGAGGAAAUAGCGGAGGUCAAAGAGCCGCCGGUACAAGCUGAGAGCUGCCACAGCUGCGGGGUGGGGGGAGGGGAGGGGGGGGGAUUUAUAAGUGCCAGUGUGUUUCUACGCUAAGAUCAGCUGUCAUUAUCUCACCCUCCCGAGUGCGGAGCGUUCCUCAGUUCAGAGGGCACAUUUGCCGUAGAACAGUCACCAUGAAAGCCAGCUGCUGGAUGCUAGCACUGCUGUGGUUGGUAGGCAGUGUGUACCAGAGCUACGCCAUCUCCACCUGCAAGACCCUAGACAUGAACCAUGUGAGGAAGAAACGCAUAGAGGCCAUUCGGGGACAGAUCCUCAGCAAGCUGCGGAUGGCCAGGGAACCAGAGCAGCCUGAGGGGGAGCACCAGGCGAUCCCCGACGAUGUCAUGUCCACCUACAACAGUACGGUGGCAUACAGCGAUGAGCUUGCUCACCAAACCCUGGAGUCACCCUCUGGGGACACAGAAGAUGAGUACUUCGGCAAGGAGGUGCACAUGUUCAACUGUGUGAGCAGUACUAGGAAUCAGACGAUGUUCAACAUGAGUGCCAUCCGGACCAGCGUGGGCAGCCAGCAGCUGGUGUCCUUAGCCGAGCUUCGGAUCCUCAUCAAAAAGCCCACGAUGAGGGCGGACAAGAAGCAGAGGCUGGAGCUGUACGCAGGCCUCGGAAGCGACGCGCACUACAUCAACCACCACUUCAUCUCAAACACCAUGAACGACCGAUGGAUUUCCUUCGAUGUCACGAAGACCCUGACAUCAUGGAUGCUCAGGCCAGAACAGGAACAGGGAUUCCAGUUGCAGCUGUACGGUGCCUGCGAGGGAAACACAGAGUUUCAUUUUAAAAUCUCAGGGAUGGGAAUGGAAGACUACAGAGGAGACAGCGGAGAUCUUGCUAAAUUUAUGCAGAAGCCCCACCUCCUCAUUAUGUCACUUCCUGCUGACCGACAAAGCCACAUAAACACUCGGAAGAAGCGGGACGUUGACACAGAUGAAUUCUGCACAGAGAAAAAAGAGAACUGCUGUGUGCGGAGACUGUACAUUGACUUCCGGAAAGAUCUCGGAUGGAAAUGGAUCCACGAGCCAAGUGGUUACUAUGCAAAUUACUGCAUGGGCACAUGCACAUACUUUUGGAAUACGGAAAACAAGUAUUCUCAGAUACAAAGUUUAUACAGACAUCAUAACCCAGGCGCCUCUGCCCAGCCCUGCUGUGUACCAAAUAUUCUAGAACCUUUACCCAUCAUUUAUUACGUCGGAAGACAGUACAGGGUGGAGCAGCUAUCCAAUAUGAUAGUGAAGACAUGCAAAUGUAGCUAAAAAUGUCCUCCAGCUCCCACUUCAUCAGCUGCUGCACUAUAUGGGCAAAAGUACUGCGACACCCAUAGUAAUUACAGGAACUGGCACCAUAAGCCACAGCCAUUGCUGACAUACAUAUGUAUAAUUAAGCACACAGCCAUGCAAUUUCCAGCAUCAAACAAAGGCAGCAGAUUGGGUGAUCAUACAGAAGAGGUUAAUCAGCUGAGGACCGUCAUUGGACGCCACUGGACACCUUUCCAGCAAAUCGGAUCUCCACAUUUCUGUCCUGCUAGAGCUGCCCUGGUCAACAGCGACUGAAGUGAUUGUGACAUGGAAACAUCUAGGAGCAAGUUCAGCUGCGAGGUGGGGGGGCCACACAAGCUCACAGAGAGGGACCUGAUCACCCAACAUCAAUACCCAACCUGAAUGGCAGCAAAUCCCACCAGAAAAUAUUCCAGCCUCUAAUGGAAAGCCGUCCCAGAAGAGCACAGGCUAUUAUAGCCACUGAGGGUUAGUCGGCUUCAUAUUAAUACCCUUCGAUUCAGAGAGAGAUGCUGGACAGGCUGGUGUCCACAUACUUUUGGCCAUUUAGUGUAUCUUCCUCACAUAUGGAUGUUGACAUUUGGGGAAAAGGAUCAUAAAAGACAAAAAACAGUGAGAGACUGAGCGAACAGAAGGAGCCUUAAAGGAAACUAUGAUUUUCCUCAAACACAAACAAACAACAUUUUCAGGAUCUCAUAGUGACCCUUAAUUUUUAAAUAUUAUACACUUUCAUAAUGUUUGUGGUUUUUGUUGAUUUUUAUUAAUUUAUUUUUAGUAGAUUUGACUGUGUUGUAUGUUGUAUUGUGUUUUUGGGGCAAUUAUUUUACAACAAAGCCUUUUCGGAGGGAAUAUCUACUAUACAAAAGUAGUAAAUGAGGUUGAGGAAAUUACAUUGCUGGAAUUGUAUGCAUUUUCCAAUGCUGAAUUUGUUAACGCAUCAGGUCAAAGAUACACUGGGCAAGGCCAAUCAGGACACUGCUUGACUGAAUAACACUGGACGGGAUUGGGCUAAAAUUCAGUGACGUUUCCACCUGUGCCUUUUUCGCAGUUGUACUUUCAACACUAGCUUCUUCACACAGCAAUGUCAGUGUUUGUGUAAGUUGUGUCUUGACACAAAAGGUGAGGCGUAGGGGAAAUAUUGAGUGUAUUCUGCCAAAGCAGAGGCUAAUCUCUCAUUAUCAAAGAUCUUCAUUAAAUCCAGCCCAUAUAGUCACUAGGACUGUCUAAACACAGCCAGUACAUUUUAGAUCCUCUUUCCACGUCCUACACCAAACCCAACCCUUGUAUUGAUUUGGCUGUAUUUUAAUACAGAGUGAAUGAUUGUUGUGUAUUAAUACGGCUGCUUAGAUGUUUUCGUUAUCUCCUGCAGUAUUACUAACUGCUUUUCAUUUUACUUACUACUUUACCUACAUAUACUGAAGCAUUGAAACACCGUUGACAGGAACACAAGAGCAGAGAUCCUUCUGAAACGUGAGCUGGCAGCCUUUUCAUCGCAGAUCCACGUGUUUUAGUGCCACAUUACCUGCAUAAUAAGGGUCCAUUCAAGACACCGCCGUGUGAUAUUAAAGCUACAGAAUGUAAACCAGUCAACAUCAAUCCCUUGGUACCUUGUUGUCUAGGACAUGCAUUUUUGAACAGCACUGCUGGGCCACAGAGAUCAUGAUACCCCCAUACUGGUUAUAGGUGGGGGGGCUGGUCACCCUUAACCCAACCACAACAUUGUCUCUUCCUACUGGAGGGUAGCUGCUCCGGAUUAGACCAUGGAGGUUCAGCCUUAGCGCUAACGUGCAGCCCUCCCCACCAGUUAAUGCUCACUAAUCUCUCUGCUCACUCUUUUGCUUCUCUGUUCACCUCUUUUCUUAGUCUUCAUAUUUACAGUAGUAGGUUCAUAUGACAGUAGAACAGCUGAUUGAUUGCAUUUUAUUGAUUUUUUUGGUAUCUGUAUUACUCUCUUUUUUUUAAAGAAAUGUUGCAUCGAUGUCCAUUUUAUAUCACACUCCUGUCAUGAGUUACAUACAGUGUAGCUCUGCAGAAGUACAUUUUUUUGAUCUUCUGUUUUAAUGUAAACAAAAACUUUUAUGUGCAUGGCGGAACACUGUGUGCUCUUAUAUAGGCAUUUCAGAACCAGCACGUGGAGCUACCAUUGCAUUGGCUACCAAAUCUCAUUCCUUUCCUGCUAAGUGAGAAGGUCUAACCGGUAAACAAACCUCAGCUAGCAGACAAUAUUUCAAUAAAGCUUUUACUUCAAA